UCAAAGUACAAGGUUUCGGGUCCCCCGCUUCAGGGUGGAGGAGGGGUGGGGACCCAAUGGCCACCGCCGCUCACCGUCGCUACCAUUCCAUUACCAUCUCAUCAUCAUCCUCGCGAUGAUAACCAUCAUCAUCUUCAUCGUAUCAUCGCCACCAUCGUCAUGUGCCGCCUUUGGGGAACGUGAGCGCCAUGAUCAGACAUCGUCAUCGCCGAAAUCACGCCAUUUUCUCUAGUACGAGCGCUUCCUGACAAAGUUUCUCCGUCCAAAUCUCGCAAUCUUCCGAUCAUUACCUUCCUUCUUUCUUUCCCGUCUAUUGGUCUCCGGUUGAUGGGUUUUUGUCUCCCUAGAGAUUCUAGAGAGAGGUUUUAGGAAGAUAUCAGGUAGGGGAGAGAGAUGCAUUGGCAGCAGAGGCUUAAGCGGCCGAGGGUGAUCAUCGUCUCAUUGCUAGCCGUCUCUGUUCUGGCUCCUAUAUUGUUCUUGUCUCACAGAAUCAACUAUUUCUCGAAUUUUUCGGUGCGCAAGGAAUUGGCUGAAGAGUUCAGCAAUAUCAGAUUCACGACUGAUUCACAUAGGCUGAAUGCGAUCCAACAGGAAGGGGUCAACGAUGUGAAGGAGCCUAAACGACUCAUUUACAAGGACGAGAACAAUUCAAAUCGUUUUCCAGAUAGAGGAUUAAGUGCUCAUGGGAGUAAUCAUCACGAUAAAGACCUUCAAGAAAAUCUGCCAGCGAAGACUGGAAAACAGAACCAGACGACCUGGCAACCUGGAGCUAGAAGGGGACAAACCCCCAUUUCGAGGCAACCAACUGAUGAGAGAGUGAGAUUGAUGAAGGACCAACUUAUCAGAGCCAAGGCCUACAUGAGCUUUGCCCCGCCAACUAGUAACUCUCAUUUAGUUAAAGAAUUAAGGCUGCGAAUACGACAGGUUGAACGAGUGGUUGAUACGGCUACCAAAGAUUCAGAUCUGCCAAGGAGUGCAAUGAAGCGCAUGAGAGCCAUGGAUGCUGCUUUAUUAAAAGCUGCUGCUGUUUAUCAUGACUGCCCUUCUAUGGCAACUAGGCUCCGUGCUAUGGCAUUUAACAGUGAAGAACAAGUCCGUGCACAUACGAAGCAGACGUCAUAUCUUAUAAAGCUUGCAUCUGGCACUCUUCCUAAAGGGUUUCACUGCUUGUCAAUGCAGCUGACAACUAACUACUUCACAUUGCACGAACAUCAACAGAAGCUUCCCAACCGACAAAAACUUUUGCAACAUGAUCUUUAUCACUUUGCUGUAUUCUCAGACAAUGUUCUUGCAUGUGGAGUGGUUGUGAAUUCCACGAUCUCCACUUCAAUGAAUCCUGAAAAAAUAGUCUUCCACGUGGUAACUGAUGCCAUGAACUACCCAGCCAUGAUGAUGUGGUUCCUUGUAAAUCCUCCAGGCAAGGCGACUAUUGAAAUUUUGAAUAUUGAUGAACUCAAAUGGCUCCCGACAGGAGCUCACACCCUCUUGCAACAGCUGGAAAAAGACUACUCUAGCUCCUCCAUUUCCAGGAACAGGAACCCAAAAUAUGCAUCUCCACUUAACCACCUUCGUUUUUUCUUGCCAGAAUUAUUUCCAGCAUUGCACAAGAUCAUUCUUCUUGACCAUGAUGUGGUAGUGCAGAGAGACUUGAGCAGGCUAUGGCGCCUUAACAUGCAUGGGAAAGUUAUUGGAGUUGUGGAGACAUGUGGUGACAGUGAAUCACCACGCCACCUGGACACACUCCUCAAUUUCUCUGACCCACUGGUGGCAAGUUCAUUCAACAGUAACACAUGCUUGUGGGCGUUUGGAAUGAACAUCUUCGACCUGAGGGAAUGGAGGCGCCAGAACUUGACAGCAGUGUAUCACAAAUGGCAAGAAUUGAGCAAAAGAAGGCAUUUAUGGAAGCUGGGGAGCUUGCCCGUGGGACUAGUCACCUUCUAUAACUUGACGACAGUGCUAAACCAUAGAUGGCAUGUGCUCGGCCUUGGCUAUGAUUCAAGCAAGAGCAGAGAAGAGAUUGAACGGGCUGCUGUGAUUCAUUAUGAUGGGAACAUGAAACCAUGGCUUGACAUUGGCAUUCCCAAGUUUAAAGGGUAUUGGUCCAAAUUUCUUAAUUAUGACCAACCCUAUCUACAACAGUGCAACAUCCAUGAAUAGCUUCAUUCAUACUUAGGAAAAACAGAAUACCACUUUUAGAGAGCUGCAGUAUGAUGCUCAAUGCUCAGAAACCCUUGUUUGUUAGAGGUAUGAUCAUGCUCACUGCAACGUCACAGCAGAUAUAUUGAGAUAUACAGGUCACUGCUUAACAGAGAUCCAGGCAUCUAUCAUAUUUGAUUUUUCAUUCAGAGUUUCUGCUGCCAUUGCAGGUGGAAAUUUCUCUUCACAUUUCUGCCCAAUUUUUCUUUCUUUUCAUUUUUUCCCUGAGAUUUUGGUUGUGAUCCUCAUAGCGGUGUAAACUUCAGUAAUAAAUGGAAGAGUUCAACAGUGGUGUAUAGUUUACCUUUUCAGUUAUUAAGCAGCAGCAAUUCUUCUUGAUACAGAAUAUGAAAUAAUAUCUUGUAUGUUUUUCUA